CGAUGCUGUAACGGUCACAUUAAUCCGUGCUUUUCAAGCCUGCCUUAUUACAUUACCCACAGGGUUUUACGAGCUGUGCUCAUGUCACGAGUGAAGUUACAGACUUGACAAAAGAAACGGUGUUGAAUGGAGCAAAACGGUGAAGAAGACGGAGCUGCUGAUGAGGAAGGUGCAGACCAGGCAGGUGGAAGCAAGUCAGAAGAUGGAGCAGCUGCAGGUAACCCACCGAGGACCACAGCCAAAGCUUCAGACGUUCCCACACGCAUGCUGUCUCAUAGUGAAACACUUGGGAACCAGGAUGGGAACGAAUUAAAGGAGGCUAGACUGAGGACUUCACAAGAUGUGGCGUUUAAAACCAACGGGGAAGUUGUUGAACCAGAGAGGGACGCUCCCUCAGUGUCUUCUGCUAUGGACACAUGUGAUCCCUCCAUAUCGAGCAUCUCAUCUUGUACCCGCUCCUCUAGCCUUCAGCACAUUGAGUUGUCCUCGUCCACCUGUGGCUCUGCCUUGUCUCUGUCUCCACCCUUGCCUUCGUCUGUGGAGCUCUCAGCUGUGAUGACAGAUACCAGGCUGACCCUGGAUGUGUACCAGGGAGGAGCAGCUGCCCUGAUGUUGUUGUGGGGGUCCAUCCCCGAGCAGCUGAGGGGCCUCCAGUACUUGAGACUGGGCUCUGAGGAGAGAUCAGGGCUGGACGGUGCUCUGGAGGUCCUACCGCAUCUUACAGCGCUGCGUUCACUGGCCAUCCGGGGGCACCGCUUUUAUGACUCCCAAGGCGAACCCCUGCCUGGUCUCCUCACCACGUUGCCGAUAUCUGUGUCCACCCUGUCUCAUCUGGUGCACGUGGACCUCUCCUUCAACCAGCUGUCCCACCUCCCCUCCUGCCUGCUCAGACUGCCUGCACUGUCCAAGUUGCUCCUCUCACACAAUCGCAUCUCAUCUUUGCCCCCUGAUUUAGGCCAGCUGUCAUCCCUAACCUACCUGUCUCUCUCGGUGAACGACCUGGCGUCCCUUCCCCCAAGCGUGUGUCAGCUGAAAUCGCUGCAGACUCUUGAUGUGUCGCAUAACCUCCUCCAGCAACUACCUGAUGAAAUCGGUUUUCUGGGGGAGCUUGUGAGGUUGGAGUUGUUCCACAACAAGCUGAAGCAGCUGCCAGAGAGCAUGGGCUUUCUCUCCUCGCUCAGGGAACUUGUUAUCUACAGCAAUGACCUCCGCCUGGUCCCAGGUUGUUUGAAUAAACUGCCUCAGCUUAAAAUGGACCUUCGGGACAAUCCUAUUGGAAAACCUCCGACUCCACCUCCUCUUCCUCAUGUACCCGAUCAAGCAGAGACAAGAAUCCCAGAGUUGCACCUGAGAUUUAACCAGCACAGCUUCUAUGUUUCGUCUGCGGGGUGUCAUGUGUUUCUCCCAGGGGGGGCUGAGCUGCUGUUCCCCCCGGCGUGCCUGGAGACAACCACGAAACUGAGCUGGGCGGAGAAAAGGCCAGACAGGAAGUGGGUUUCACUAGAGGAACACGAGCUCCUGCUGAGCCGCCCGCUGGAACUGCGUCCCCAUGGAAGAACAUUUUUAAAGCCUGUGGAGGUGUGUGUGCCAUAUCGUCAGACAAAAAGAGGGGAGGUGGUGUUGCGGAGGUUUGAUGGACAGUCGUCGAGCACUCUGCCUACUAAUCUAAGGAGGGGAAGCGACGCCCAUAGCUGUCGUCCCGGUGGACGUCCAGCCAGACUGGCAUGCUGCUCCGUGAGCCAGUUCUCCUGGUUCAUGGCAGUGUCCCGACCAGUCCAAGACAGUUGUUCUCUCACACCUGCUGGAGCUCUGUUGGUUUCCAGCUCCGACCCUGGAAUCAAGCUCCGCUUCCCCCCUGACUCCACCGCGCAGACUCGCACCGUCACUUUACAGGUGCUGAAGGUUUCUGAGUCGGAGGUGCAGGCUCUGUGUGGGGAUCCUGAGGCCAGAGUCAGUCCCCUCCUCUGUCUCUCCCAGACCUCCAGUCUACACUUCCUGCAGCCAGUCCAAGUUCAGAUCCCUCUGCCUCCAGGAGUCACAGGCUACACAGCUGAUGUGACCCGUCUCCAUCUGCUCCACGGAGAUCCCACCGCCCAGACCUGGACUGACAUCACAUCACAAGUGUCUCUCUACGUUACACAUUUGUAUGCUAUUUUCUACAUUACACACUUCUCCUGGUACUGGCUCUGGUACACCACGCAGCGCUGUGUUAGCGGGGUGGUCAGGAAGAUCUAUCAAAAGCUAAAACUGUUCAAAGUCCAGUUCCUCAGUCUCCAGCGGAAGACCGAUCCCUCUCAAGUCCUGCUGCAGUGUUUACCUGCUAACAAGGUCGAGGGCAGAGUGCAGUCUUUGUCAGAACAAUACGAUGGACCGCAGCCUUCAGAUCUGUGUGACCUGCUGGAAGGAGAGCAGUUUUUUGCAGGCUUUGAGAGGGGCCUAGACGUCAGCACAGACAGACCGGAUUGUGUCGGGGGACGACUGUGUUUUGUGUUUUACUCCAGCUUGAAGAAUCUGAAGGAAGUGUACAUCUGUUCGGCUGAGGGUCAGAAGGGACCUGUGAGGGGACAGGUGUCUUUUUACAGAGGGGAGAUCCCCAGCAGUCUCCCAGAGGAAGUGGUCAGGAAGAGGAAAGGACUGGACAGCCAGUGGCUCGCUACGUUACCAUUAAGACUUCCUGCCCUGGACUCUGAGAACAGUUUUAUCCUGGAGGAGUCCCAGCAUCCUCCUCUGAACCUGGGAGACCCCGAGAGCGGCUACUUGACGGAGGCCAACCUGCUGUCCAUUUCCCUUCAGAUCGGACAGGACUGGAGACAGAUUGGUGUCAAUCUUGGCUUGAGCUACCCAGAGCUGGAACGCAUCCAAUACAAAAACAAGGACAACCUGGGUGCCUUGGUGCUGGACAUGCUGUUUCACUGGGCCCGGGGACAGAGGAACACGGGGCCCGGGGCCGUGUCGAGGCUCAUGGAGGCCAUGGUGGAAAGCGGCAGGAGGGACCUGUCGGAGGAGAUCGAGGACAUUGUGAAUUUAGGAAGGAAAAAGUAUUCAGAUUCCCUGAGGAGAGUCGGCCUGGAGGCGGAGAGCUCCUCCCAGGGGGAGACGCAGCUGUAG